GGAUUUGGGUGAAAAAUCGACCAAAGUCGCGCUCGACUCUCUCCCGCAGUCGCGAUGGCGUCGUCUGAGGCGCUGCGGUCGCAAGACCUCCUCGCUCUCGUGGUGGGAUUCCAACGAGGGAUACAUGCAGACAUGAAGGCAUUCCUGUGCCUUCGGGCUGUGCCAAACGCGCUGUUUCGCCCGACGACGUUGGCGGCGAGGAUGCUGGCCGUCCACGUCGUGCUUGCACCGUGGCGGCGCGACCAUGGGCUAUCGCGAGUCGCGGACCUUGUCGCGAGGCUAGAGCAUACCCACGCUCUGCUCACGCAGUAUGCUGUGUACCAGGGCGACUUGGGCCUCCUGGGCUGCCUCCACGCUGCUUGUGACGUCGCCACUGUCGACAGCGACCUGUGGGACCUCGCUUGUCUGCGAAACCAAACCGACGUCCUUCGCGCUCUGCACGAAUGGGGUGACACGAGCGUCUCGAUCCGAGCCGUGCAAUGGGCGUGUGAGUUUGGCCACGUGCAAGUCGUGCAGUUCCUGCAUGAGACCAUCGCCGACGAUGAUAUCGACGAUGACGCUGACAGCAUCUGGACUCCCGCUGCCAUGGACGUGGCGGCGGCCAACGGCCAUUUGGACGUUGUCGCGUUCCUCCAUCGCCAUCGAACGGAGGGCUGUACGACAAACGCCAUGGAUCAGGCUGCGGCCAAGGGUCACCUCGACGUCGUGGAAUUCCUGCACGAAAAUCGCUCGGAAGGAUGCACCGUUGCCGCGAUGAACUUGGCGCUGAGUUACGACCACUGGGAUGUCGUGCAAUGGCUACAUCUGAAUCGAACAGAAGGAUGUACAACGCAGGCGAUGGACCUCGCUGCCUGCGACGGACGCCUCGACGCCGUCGCGUGGCUCCACACCCACCGACCCGAAGGAUGCACGCAAGUCGCGAUGGACGGGGCCGCUGCCGGGGGACAUUUGCAUGUCGUGCAGUACCUCCAUGCCCAUGCGCUGUGUGUCUGCUCCCGCGCGGCGCUGUCUGGAGCUGUCCAGCACGGCCGCGUUGACGUUGCGGCAUUUCUCAGGCACCACGGGGCACUCACCGCUCAGGAGGGAUAUGUCCCCCGUUAUCAUAUUUAAACUGAAGCAGCGUCUAGCACAGUACGAUAUUGCAUUGGAUGUACCACCGGUUGAAUCGAGUGUCGACUUCUACCACAACGAAGGAAUCGCAUUUCAAGAGUGCCACGACUUGCUUGUUGUGCAUCGACCACGUGCCGCUCAAGGCCGCUGGUUUGCUGUGCUGUAGCUCGUGCCCUCUCCCGCCUUCCUGAAGACAUCCCGUCUUGGAUUUGCCGUACCAAGAAGGUAACCAGUGCGGUCGGAUGCCGUAAAGGACGUCAAGCGGCGGCAGCAUGGCGUACGAUCCGAUACCCAGCGGAUAUGUUGCUAGUCCAGACGCAGGCAACAGAGACGAGGUGGUGCGCACGAAAAGUUCCCGAGUUCCAACGCAAGCCUUCGACUGUCGAUCGCAGUACGCCGCGCCGUCGACUCGAGUGGUGGGCACUUUACACCGGACAUGGCGAGAUGACGACUCAAAGCACAAUUGAAAUCGUUGUGGCACGACUCCGCUUGAACCAAACCAAGAGAUGCCGUCGCCACCCUUCGCCCCGUGACCACACGUGCUCAACUACAGAGCAAAACGUCCCCACACUGCAUCGUCUUGCAUGCUCAUAUACAUUGCCAUGACGACGCAAUGCGCAUCAUGAGGCGUCUUGAAUGUCAAGAGGUUGCACUGC